GCCAAUCAGAAACGCUUUGUUAACAAUCAACUAGCAACGCGCUAAGCUUGGCGUCUGUCGCUACUGUUUUAGCAACAUUAGCGGUCAGAAGAUCUGUGAAUAAAACCUGAAGAAAUGAGUUUGACUGUCAGGACCGACCUAACAGCUGAUAAGAGCAAAAGAAAGAAGAGAAGAGAACUUACUGACGAGCAGAAGGAUGAGAUCAAGGAGGCGUUUGAGCUGUUUGAUACAGACAAGGACAAAGAAAUAGAUUAUCAUGAGUUAAAGGUGGCCAUGAGAGCUCUGGGUUUCGAGGUGAAGAAAGUCGACGUGUUAACGAUCUUAAAAGAUUAUGACAGAGAAGGAACCGGGAAAAUAUCUUUUGAUGAUUUUAAAGAAGUAGUGACAGAGAUGAUUUUGGACCAAGACCCGAAGGAAGAAAUUCUGAAGGCGUUUAAGCUUUUUGACGACGACGAAACGGGAAAGAUCAGUCUGAGGAACCUGCGGCGCGUGGCUCGAGAGCUCGGGGAAGACAUGAGCGAUGAAGACCUGCGAGCCAUGAUCGAUGAGUUUGACACAGACGGGGACGGAGAGAUAAAUCAAGAAGAGUUUGUCUCCAUCAUGACCACUGACUCAUGAGCAGAUGUGUUUACACACCAAAUUCAUCACAUAGCAGCUUCUUUUUAUUUGUGGACAUUAAACCUCAUUUCACACAAACAAUCUGAACGGUAAGUCCGGUAGAGCUGAAACUGACCUGGAUGUUCUCAAAGCAUGUCAUUGCUGGACUUGAAUCGGUUAGUUAGAUUUUUAUAGAGAUACUUUGUGUUUUAUUGUUGCGAAAUUCUUGUUACUGUAUGUGUCUGGUAAUGUACUGUAGUUGUUCAUUUCGCAUUUGAAAUAACAUUCAAAGCCGUAUUUAAUGUAAAUACACAUUGUUAAAAAACGAUUAAUUUGCUGAUUGACUCAAAUCAAAAGCAUCAUCACACUGGCACAAGUGGUAGCGCUGUCUCAUGCCCUGAGAAAUAAAAUUAAAUAAAAAAUAAAGUUGAUUCUAAACUGA